AUGGCGCCCCCUAAGAGAGCCGCGCGUCCCGCGCAAGAGAACAUUUCCCUGGGGCCCCAGGUUCGGGAAGGCGAGCUCGUUUUUGGCGUUGCCCGCAUCUUCGCCAGCUUCAACGACACCUUCGUCCACGUCACCGAUCUCAGCGGACGUGAAACGAUCUGCCGUGUCACUGGUGGCAUGAAAGUCAAGGCCGACCGUGAUGAGUCGUCUCCCUACGCUGCUAUGUUGGCUGCCCAGGACGUCGCGGCCCGCUGCAAGGAACUCGGUAUCACUGCGCUCCACAUCAAGAUCCGUGCCACCGGUGGUAACGGUACCAAGACCCCUGGUCCUGGUGCCCAGUCCGCUCUCCGCGCUCUGGCUCGUGCCGGCAUGAAGAUCGGCCGGAUCGAGGACGUCACUCCGACGCCCUCCGACUCGACCCGCCGCAAGGGUGGUCGCCGUGGUCGCCGUCUCUGA